UAGUGAGGGAGAAUCAACGGCUGAUUUAUGAAAAACUUGAAUUUUCAUAUUGGAAACAAUGAAUGUGAGUAGAAAUGACACAAUACAAUCGGCACCUCAGAUCUCAACAUUUUUACAAUCGCUCUUCAUCGUGAUGUAUUCGUUUAUUAUAGUGAUUGCAGUUGGGGGAAACAGUGUCGUGUGUUAUUUGGUGUACGCUUAUAAGCGGAUGAGGACGGUGCCAAACUACUUCAUCGUCAAUUUAGCCCUGAGUGAUAUUAUAAUGGCUAUUUUCUGCAUUCCCUUCACGUUUGUGGCCAAUCUAAUGCUUAAUUAUUGGCCGUUCGGAGAGUUAAUGUGUCCAACAGUAUGUUACCUUCAGAUUGUCUCAGUAUUUGUGAGUGCUUAUACACUUAUGGCAAUGAGCGUAGACCGAUAUAUAGUGAUUGUACAUCCGUUUAAGAAGAGAAUAACUACAGGCUAUACCUUAUUUAUCAUUAUUAUCAUUUGGAUUUUAUCUCUUUCUAUCCCUAUCCCCACAUUGUUCAAUGCUCGGAUAGAGUACUAUUCGAACACGAGUGGACAGUGCCUAGAGAUUUGGGAAGGGAACGAGCGAGGGCGGUACGCUUAUAGCGUAGGGAUUAUGGUACUACAUUAUUUUGCCCCGAUGGUGGUCAUGAUGUUUUGUUACACGACAAUUAGAUAUCAUAUAUGGCUAAAACAUAAUCAGAAAGACGACCAGAACAAGAGGCGGCUACAACUGGCGUCUGCCAAACAAAAA